AUGCCCUACGAUGGACACUGCAUGUGCGGGCGAAUCCAAGUGUCCCUGCAGCAACAACCGUCUCACCUAGGCUCAUCCAUAAAUUACGUCUUGGGUGACUCUGAUGUCACGAUCAAAGACUCAAGGCUGUCGCUCAAGAGCUACGGUGAUUAUCACACCCAGAGUGGGAAUAUAGUCCUGCGCCAAUUCUGUAGCGAAUGCGGAAGGCAAGUUUUCGCGUGUAGCCCGAUCUCGACGAAGAGCCCCGAUUUCCCGGGCAAGACACUUCUCAAAGCCUCGCUUUUCGAUGAAAUAUCUCGUCCGAGUCAGGAGGUAUUUACGUCCAGGCGCCAGACAUGGGAGCCUGCGAUAGAAGGGGCCAAGCAAGACUAG